GGGAAAUCUUGUAAUGUCACUCGUGCCGGGGCUAGAUUGAUAUGACCCCUUGUUGAGUUACUAUACCUCCUCUUAUCUCUGGGCAGGCGAGCGGGGGUGAAGCUGACGAUAUCAUAGACCAUACUGCGAAGCGACCCCCAAGACCCCUCCCCCACCGGGACCCUUGCUACGCAACGAUCACACCAUCGGGUUGCCGUGGCAGUAGCCAAUACCAACUUCUGGACCAGGUCUCACCCAGCAAGAUAAGUCGUCGAUGGGGGGCAAGUAGAAUUUACUGCGUGAACCAACAAACCCCCAGUAAGUAACAACUCGCCAGGUUGACACCACGCGGUAUAACGCUCACCAUCAUACGUUUGCCUCGAUACAUAUAUUCAAGAUACAGGAUGGAUGGCAAGUUCAUAAUCGGGGCAGCUCCGACCAGCAAUUCUGGCAGGGCCUCUUUACCCUCAGUCUUAGAAAAGUCGGUGGUCUCAUCGAAGGAUCUGGAUGAGACGUACAAUACAUAUAAGCAGCAAGAUGCGCGAGACCUCGACACACAGGAGGCUUCCCGGGUAUUGAGGAGAAUAGACAGACACCUCUUACCACUGCUCAUGGGUACAUACCUGUUGCAGUAUUUGGACAAGACGAGCAUCAACUCCGCAAGCGUCUUCGGGUUAAAGAAGGGCACGAAUCUGCAGGGACAGCAGUAUUCGUGGCUGACAUCCCUCUUCUACAUAGGAUACUUGGUAGCGCAGCCCGUGGCAGGCUACGCUCUACAGAGACUCCCGCUUGGAAAAUUCAUCGGCGGCACUGUUCUCGUCUGGGGCUUGCUGACGAUCACGACGCCGGCAUGCAAGAAUUUCGCCGGGAUAGCUGCCAACAGGUUUCUCCUGGGCGUGUUCGAGUCAGUGGUGAAUCCGGGCUUCGUGCUGUGUCUCUCGAUGUGGUACCGCGCCGAUGAACAGCCUCUGCGCAUGGUCAGCUACUAUUGCAUGAACGGCGUGGCGGGAAUAUUCGGUGGUUUGCUGGGAUAUGCCGUCGGACAUAUAACGACGGGCCUGCCUCAGUGGCAAUACGUCUUUCUCAUCUUCGGUUCUAUUAGCUUGACAUGGGGCGGUAUUUUCUUGGCCUUCAUGCCAGACUUGCCCACCACGGCGCGGUUUCUUAGCGACCGACAAAGAAUUAUCGCAGUUGAACGUGUUGCGCAGAAUCGCCAAGGCGUCAAAAAUCAUCACUUCAAGACGUAUCAGAUGUGGCAGUGUUUACGAGAUCCUAAGACGUGGAUUCUAUUUUUCAUGUCUAUUGCUGCGCAGAUACCGAAUGCAGCGCAAUCUACUUUCACAUCGAUCAUUCUCGAGACGUUCGGCUUCGAUGUUCUUCAAACACAGUACAUGCAAAUACCGGGGAACGUCAUCCAAGUAGUUUCCCUCCUUGCUUCAGGUUACGUCAGCUCUCGGUUCCCGAACAUGCGUUGCGCCGUCAUGCUAGCCGGUAACCUCGUAUGCGUGGCCGCUGGUGGUGCGCUCGUCGGAUUGCCAGUUGGUCCCGAUGGAACAGACAACAGAUGGGGACGACUCGUUGCCCUCUGGCUGUGCUCGUUUCAAUCUGUGGGAUUCAGUAUGAGUCUGACCAUGGUGAGCAGUAACGUAGCGGGUUAUACCAAGAAACAACUGACUGGCGCCAUCCUAUUUGUGGGUUAUUGCGUGGGUAAUAUUAUCGGCCCCCAAACAUUCAUCGAGAAAGAAGCCCCUCUCUAUACUUCUGCAUAUAUUGCAAUUCUCAUCGGUUACUCGGUUAAGACACUUUUAGUAGUAGUUCUAUACCUAUACAUGUGGGCUGUGAACAGAAAGCGAGACCGGGAAGCAGCUGUUUCUAGCUCCGGAUUGGAUGCCGAGCAAGAGAAAGAAGCUAUAGAGAAAGGCAUGCAGGAUGUCACUGAACUUGACAACCCUGGUUUUAGGUAUGUCUUGUAGCGAUUUGGAUGGGUUGGGACGAUCAGUAUGCUACAUGCCACCGUGUACUUACUAGAUAUUGGAAUAUCUGCACAUAGGGAAGGUCGCUGAGCCUAGUAAUGAGAGGAAGGGAAGAGUCUAUGAGUAUGGCCUGAAAGCAUACUUGAUUGAAUACGAGCGAGAUCUGGUUGUAUGAAGGUGUAAGCUCUUAUGCCACGGCCGACGUGGUGAGAAGGGGUAGAUUGGGCACUCCAUCCCCGAAGGAUUAUGAGGCUCACUAUUCUUUGGUUCAUCUUUAUCUGCUGGCGAGUUCUGAGAUACUUGACAAUUAGCUCAUGAUAGCACUAGGACCAACAAUCCACAACAGCCACAUUGGCAUUGAAGCAUUUCGCACUGUAACAUGUAACCUUAUUCAGUGCUAAUAAUUAGGCGCUUUAUGAAUACGGUAGGUAGACCUGGGGUAUACCUAAGUUGAUGGAUUCUAGAUAAUGCCUAAGACAAGGCUUGCAAGGGGUUCCAUUGGCGAGCGCACCAAGAUAGAAAUCGAAGCACAGACUCGCUCCACAAAGUGUCCGCACAGUAUCUUUAGAGCCAGGGUACAGUAUCAAACUGUAUAAGUGUAUGUGGAAGAGUAGGUAGGUUAUCCAGACUCCAGAGAUGGUGGUUUCGAGCUUACCAAAUACCUGGAUUCUACG